CACACUAUAUGAUACAUGAUACAUGUUUUGUUAUUAUUCAGUUUUCAGUCAGUUUCAUGUAGCAAAAAAGAGUUUCUUUGAUAUUUAGUUUUCAGUCAGUUUAAUUUAGGUAGUCAAAAGCGUUUCGUUAAACAAGCGCACAUAAAAGGAUUUCAUAAAGUAGAACAAUGCGUUUAUCAGUGAUCCUAUUUAGGUCAGGUUUGUUUACAUCGCGGUUAAGUUCAGUACCUCAAGGACAAGCGUGGAAGCAUUGCAAGUUUAAUCUAAAACCGGUUCGAUUUUCGUCGUCGGCAACAUUGCAGAUGGAUCUAAGCGGGAUCUACCCCCCGAUAGCCACCCCGUUCAAGAAUGAUGAGACUAUUGAUUAUGACAAGCUACAGGAGAACAUGGCCAUUUGGAAUAAGAUAGCUUUUAGAGGCUACGUGGUACAGGGGUCUAACGGAGAGUACGUGUACCUACGAGACGAUGAGCGCGUGGAACUCGUGCGGCGAGUGUCGGAAAUGGCUGCUCCUGGGAAACUAAUUAUCGCCGGGGCUGGAUGCGAAUCCACCCGUGACACGACGGCCAUGUGUCGGCGGAUGGCGGACGCCGGGGCCAAGGCGGUCCUCGUGGUCACGCCCUUCUUCUACAAGAGUCUUAUGAAUAACGACGCCCUCGUUGCUCAUUUCACCAAGGUAGCAGAUGAGAGUCCAGUUCCCGUGAUCCUGUACAGCGUGCCAGGGAACACCGGGAUAGACCUGGCACCGGAAGUCGUCAUCCAGCUGUCCACCCAUCCCAACAUCGCCGGGGUCAAGGACAGUGGCGGAGACAUUUCCAAGAUCGGAUACAUGGUUCACAAGACAAAAGGGAACAACUUCCAGGUCCUUGCCGGGUCAGCCAGUUUUCUACUUCCGGCCUACACUGUCGGUGCGGUGGGUGGGGUACUGGCCUUGGCGAACAUUCUCGGGGACCACUGUUGUCGUCUGGAGGAGCUCUUCAAGGCGGGAAAAAUGGAGGAAGCAAAAGAGCUUCAACAUCGCAUGAUUGGACCAAACCUAGCGGUAACUAAGAAGUUCGGAGUGCCGGGCCUCAAGUCUGCAAUGGAAAUGCUGGGUUACUUUGGAGGCCCAAAUAGGUCACCAUUGUUGCCUAUAUCCGAUACCAACAAGGCGGCGCUGAGGAAAAUAAUCACAGAGGAGGGAUUUUUGACAUGAUAAAAUUAUAACGUCAGUAUGAUGAUGUAGACAUUUUCUGCUAAAAUAUAUUUAUUUAACCAGAAGAGACACUGUACUCCGAAACAUAUGUGUAUAUACAUGUAUGUACGUACAUGUGCAUAAUUAAUUGACGUAUAAACGUUAUCAAGUCAGACAUGACUAUCAGUAUUGUAAUUUACAAGUCCAUGUAUCUGCAUUUUGUUGUUAAGUAUUUUUUACUGUCAAAUUCCGAUAUGUAAAUACAGAGAAAUAUGUAUAUAGUUAUACAUGCAUACUUAUGACUAUAAAUAUUUUAAACAUUU